GACAGACAGCAGAUGAAAUCAAAGGGAUAGAAACUGCUGCUUCCAAUUAUUUAUCUCCGUCUGUUCCGAAAUAUAUAUAUAUAUAUAUAUAUAUAUAUAUAUAUAUAUAUAUAAAGCAAAAAAAAACAUUCAACGGUAUCAUGAGUUGAUUUUAUCGCAGUUUUAGGAGAAGAUCUUGGGCAGGGGCUGAACAUGCGUCCCUGCUCUACUGUCAUGCACCUGCUGCUGCGAUGCAUGCGUGGAUGUGGCAGAUACAGUCGCAGUCGCAUGCCCAGAAGACUGAGGCAGCCUGUGAGCUACAUCAAACUGAUCUUCAAAUCCCUUUAUUUUAACUCGCUCACUAACUCAGAAGUGGUACUGGACUGCAUCCUUGAACCAGUGUUUUGGACGGUGGAGAUUGUCACACGUUGGUUUGGAAUGGUUUUUGUGUUUUUAGUAGUAGCUCUUACCAGUUCUGUGGUUUUCAUCGCAUACUACUGCCUUUUACCAUUGGUCCUUCGAACGUACUCUCCUGGCUGGAUGAUGUGGCACAUUUGUUAUGGGAAUUGGAUCUUGGUCAUGAUAGUCUUCCAUUACUACAAAGCUACAAACACUCCUCCGGGAUACCCUCCGAAGAUGAAAAAUGAGGUCCCGUUUGUGUCGUUCUGUAAAAAGUGUGUCAUUCCUAAACCAGCACGAAGUCAUCACUGUGGGAUCUGUAAAACAUGUAUUCUAAAAAUGGAUCAUCAUUGCCCUUGGCUUAACAACUGUGUUGGCCAUUACAAUCAUCGUUACUUCUUCUCCUUUUGCCUCUAUUUGACUUUGGGCUGCAUGUAUUGUAGCAUCAGUGGGCGCCAUCUGUUUAUCGAUGCAUACAAUGCCAUAGAUCAAUUCAGACAUUUGGAAGCGGAGAAACAGGGUGUCCCGGUGACAGGGAUUGGGUUGCUCAUCGGCAUUGUACCUUCAGAAGGCGUGGCUGGGAAGGGACUACAGGAGAUUUCGCAACCUCCAUACACCUACAAAGACAGGAUGUUUCACAAGAGUGUUAUCUACAUGUGGGUCCUUACAAGCACAGUGUCAGUCGCCUUAGGAGGUCUCACACUGUGGCAUGCUAUACUUAUCACCCGUGGAGAAACCAGCAUUGAACGCCAUAUAAACAACAAAGAGGCCAAACAUUUGGCAAGACGUGGAAAGGUCUAUCGUAAUCCUUUUAGUUAUGGUAAACUAAACAACUGGAAGGUGUUCUUCGGCGUAGAAAAGAGAAGUCAUUGGCUGACACGUGUUCUCCUUCCAUCUGGACACACGCCAUAUGGUGACGGACUGACAUGGGACAUUUACCCUCUUAAAAAAGACAUGAUGCCAGUCUGAGACAUUAAAGACUUAACUGUCUUAGUUGGCGAUGACCAACAUGCUCAUCAGGGUGAGUCUCACCCGCUGUGCCAAGGCUGAAUGCAGAACCAGAGCCCCGGGAACACAGGAGUCUGCAGAGCCCAGAUUUAGACAGUGAUCUCACUGGAUGACUUUUGCUCUUUCUGACAAAAUGAAAGGGCUGCCCUCCAAAAAUAUCAUGCAUAUUUUGGAUGUUUCUAUCAAUAUUUUAUAAUGAAAUCAUGACAGUUGUCUGUGCGAUCUAUGGAAGAUGCUGUGCUUAAAGGGAUAGUUCACCCAAAAAUGAAAAAAAAAAACUGUCACCAUUUACUCACCCUCCACUUCUUCCAAACCUGUAUGAGUUUCUUUCUUCUGUUGAACACAAAAAGAUAUUUUGAAGAAUGUUGGUAACCAAACAGUUAACAGUUGCCAUUGAUUUCCAUAGUAUGGAGAGAGAGAAAAAAUACUAUGAAAGUCAGUGGCUACUGUCAACUGUUACCAAAAAGGUAUCAUCUUUUGUGUUCAACAGAAGAAAUAAACUCAUAAAGAGUAGAGGUGAGUAAAUGAUGACAGUAUUUUCAUUUUUGGGUGAACUAUUCUUUUAAAGUAGGGUUUGUAGCCAUGUGGGGCUUGAUGUUUGAUUAUGUAAAUAUGAUUUUCAACUCCUUAUUUAUAGCACCUACAGUAUCAUUAUUUAAAUGCACUGAAAUCCAAUACUUCAUUUCCAAAGUCAACCACAUCUGAAGAAACUUGCCUAGAAUUUUAUUAUAUGUUAAAUAAAUGUUUUUUUUUAACAGCA